UUUGCCGCCGCGGCCUCCUCUAUAUGACCCAGCCCCAUUAAUGUGUAAAAUAGUUUUAGCUUGUUUGUGUGCACAUUUCAAACAGUUCACCCCAAAUAUGUUGCAUCGCACAUUCCUGCCUGUCUUCUUGCUUGGGGUUUGUUGUGCGUAACCGGACAUGUACCAGGGCGUUACUCCCGGAGUAAAUUAACCAUUCAAUGCCCAAACCGUUUGAGCCAUAGCCGGGGCCUUCAUUGACCUUUGUUUAAUAGCCUACAAUAGGCCCUACAUUGUUUUAUAGUUUUUGAUGAGUUUACAAAAACAGGAUGCAUUUCUAUAAAUUAAGUAACUUUCAAAAAACAGUUGGCUGGGCCUAACUUGCUGUACUUGAUAGCAAAUGCAUUGUAGGGCCUAUUACUUUUUCUGUAAUGAUUUGCCAGUCACCAAAUCACCAAUUUCAUACUUUCUUUUUUCCUACAUUUUCAAGUAGGCCAAUUCAGAUACAUUUUGUUUCCCCAUCCUCAUUCUGUCAGCUUUGUCAACACUACUGCAAUUAUAAUAAAGCUACCCUUGAAUUGAAAUGAAUUUAAUUGAAUUGAAAUCAUAUUACCAGUUCACUUUAAAUAGUCUGUCAUAGAUUGGUAGGCCUACUGUGUACGCUGAUGUGUCAGUGGGUUUGUGUGAGGUCAUGCGUCAGAACAUCAUGAUAUGAAGGGCCUCACCCGGGUAAUUAGCCCCGGGCCUCAGAAAGUGUUAAUCCGGCCCUGGGUGCAAGCUAUCAUACAUUUAGGCUAUAAAUGCCAGCUUAUCGUUUUUAUUUUCGGCAGCCUAGGUCAUGUCCACAGGCUGGUGGUCAGAGGCUUGAGAAUUAUGAGGUUGUCCAAAUGUAAAGCCAAGCAGCUUGCAACAUAUUGCUCAAUCUCCUCCAUUAUAGGCAGCCGAGCUAUUUGGAGGAGGAGGUGUUUUCUGUACCCAUAGAUUUUCUGUCUGUUAACAGACUGUGUGCAGAAUAAGGUCAUGUGUAUGUAUUGUCUAUUAUGUGCAUGUUUGACUCAAGUACUGCAACAUGUUGUUUCGAGGAUGUAGGGCAUCAAAAGCAACUGAAAAUAUUUGUGCCCUUGCAAUGUAUUUUAUAAAUGCGGACACAAAUAAAGACAUUUGAAAUGUGUGAGCAAAUUAGUGGAAGUGUAGAGGUUAAGGACCUGUUCAGCAAAACUGUUGUGGGUUCAAUGCCCUAUAUCAUUACCCUUGUUAUAUAAUUGACCUAAUAAAUGACUGGAUGAAGGCGUCCACUAAAUUAAUAAAUGUAAAUGUCUGAGAGAUGGACAGAAUAACACUAAGCAAUCUAUGACAGCCAUUUGCUAAACUACAUAUUUCUGUUACAUAGGUGCAGCAAUGCGAAACAAGGUCCCCAUGCAGCUUAUAAUGCGUACAAGGAAUUUGUGCGUAAGGACACAACUGCACUCUUCCUGGCUGCUGCAAUGGAACACUUUGGGUUGCAGGAUGUCACAGAAAUUCCAGAUGGGUUUGUCCCAGUGGAUGUCAGCGAGGGAUUGCCACAACUGAGGAGAGACUGGCUGCAUGAGAAGGUGGGACAGGUUGUGGACACCUUCGUAAUGAUGACGGGCAUUACAGAAGCUGCGAGCCAGAGGCAGGCUUCGACACAGCCGCAGCAGUUUCAGUGUCGUGCGGACGGGUGUGGCAAUAUGUACAUAUACAGCAAGGCAAGGGUAACCCAUGAGUACAAGAUACACAAUCUUGUUGCUCCAUUGGACCCUACUCCACAACAUACAAGUCCAGCAAACGAAGACCAUAAAAAAAAACACACUGAAGCUAGACUUGGCUUUGGAUUCUUCCUGCUUAACAUGCAGGACGGUGUAAGAGAAGGUGAUGGUGAUAGGAUAAUGAGACUGUAUAAAGUUGCCCUGCUUUUUUAUAAAGCAUAUGGACACAGCCAUUACGCCUACAGCACCUUUCUUCUUACACUGCAGGUAAAUCUCACUCUGUCCCCACGCAUGGCACACAGUGUCAUAUGGAACCGGUUUUGGAAUGGUCGAGGGGGAAAGGGGAAAAAUAUUCCUCUCGACCUCCAUCUGGAGCACCUUAACAAUUUUCUGAAAUCCUUCAUGAGAGGCUUGGGAUCAAACCUGUCUGAACGGUCAGCAGCCAGGAUCAGUCAGUCCAUUGGCACCCUCAAGGAGCUAAUGGACAAAACGGACUCGGAACUGGAGCGGACAAGGCCGACUGGCAUGCAUCAUGUAGCCCGAGAACAGGAGGACAUUUUAACCCUGGUCGAAGUUUUCAGAGAGACUCACCUUUUUCAACAUCACCCAGGCAGACAGUUUACAGCUUUCCCAAAUUUCCAAAAAAACCUAUUGGGAAAGCUAAAUUACCUGGAAUUAUGGAAUUGGAUGAAGUCCAAACUGAUGGAGUGGAGGAAUGUACCCAUUUGAUUAGUGAUGUAUGUAAAAUUUGUAAAUAAUUGUUUUUUUAAAUCUUUUUUAAUAUAAGUGUCUUAUUGUCAACUUUCUUGAAACCAUUAUUUUUGUGCGUGUUUUCUUAUUGGUUAUAUGUUCAAAGUGUAUGUUCAAACAUUAGCAAUG